AGGGCAGGAAGUGCGGGCGGCUCCUCCCCGCGCCCUCCCGCUCCCGUCCUCCUCCUCCUCGCCCAUGUCCGAUCCAAGAUGGCCGGGAUCCCUUUGUAUUUUGUGGAUUUGCAGGAUGACUUAGAUGAUUUUGGAUUUGAAGAUUAUGGACCAGACUGUGAUAGCAUGAGGAUAACAGCAUUCUUAGACAUUCCAGGACAGGAUAAUUUGACCCCACUGGCUCGUCUAGAAAAAUAUGCCUUCAGUGAAAAUGUAUUUAACAGGCAGAUUAUUGCCAGAGGUCUUUUGGAUGUCUUUCGAGAUUUCAGCAAUAAUGAGGAAGAUUUUCUGACUGUAAUGGAAAUUGUGGUCAGGCUCUCUGAAGAUGCAGAGCCGACUGUACGUACAGAGCUGAUGGAACAAAUACCUCCAAUUGCCAUUUUUCUGCAAGAAAGUCGACCAAAAUUCCCAACAGCAUUUUUUGAAUACCUUAUGCCCAUAGUAGUGAGAUAUCUUACAGAUGUGAACAAUCAGGUUAGAAAGGCAGGUCAAGAAGCGCUGCUCAUACUUUUGGAACAAGAUCUUGUUUCUCAGAGUGACAUUGAAAACAAAGUGUGUCCAAUUCUGUUGGACCUCUCUGCUCCUGACAGUGAUGAUGAGUAUAAGGUGGAAGCUGUGAAUAUAAUCUGUAAAAUGGCUUCUAUGCUGAGCAGAACAACAGUUGAGCACUUGCUACUUCCUCGUUUUUGUGAACUUUGUAGUGAUGGGAAAUUGUUUCAAGUCCGAAAGAUUUGUGCAGCUAAUUUUGGUGACAUUUGUAAUGCAGUUGGGCAAGAAGCCACAGAAAGACUUCUGAUUCCCAAGUUCUUUGAGCUUUGUUCUGAUAGUGUUUGGGGCAUGAGAAAAGCUUGUGCUGAAUGCUUUAUGGCAGUGUCUUACACCACAUCCCCAGAGGUCCGCAGAAGCAAACUGUCCCCACUCUUCAUCAGUCUUAUUAGUGACACUUGUAGAUGGGUUCGUCAGGCAGCUUUUCAGUCUCUUGGCCCUUUUAUUUCUACUUUCGCAAAUCCGUCAAGUGCUGGACUCUACAUUCGAGAAGAUGGGACACUGAGUAUCCGACCAUCAGCACAAGAUAUAAAUUCCAAUUCCUGCCAUCCAAGCAACAAUGUAACUGUAAUUGCUUCUACUGCAAAUGCUGCAUCAUGCAGUUCGGAACAACCAAUGGAAAUCAAAUCAGAGUCAUCAACUGAGGAGACUUCAGCUGAAGUUAACGUGCCACUCUCCAUUGAGAACCUCAACAGAGACACGUGGGAAGCAAGUUCAGAUUGCUGUAUGAGUUCUGGAGAAGAUCUGUCUAGAUUGUCUCAAGAUGAUGGAGUUGUUGCUGGUGUGGUAGAAGUCGCUAAGGACAUCAGUUUUCCAGGAGUUACCUCAAGGCUACAGUGUUCUGAGGAUGUAUUUAAUACUUUUCUCUACUGGCGGCCUCCACUGCCUGAUAUAAGUCAGGAGCUGGAGUUGCUUCAGUUCAAGACUGAGAAGCACAAAGACAGCUGCUCAGUGCCGUGCAAUAACUGCGUUGCUAGUAGUGAAAUAAAAAAAGUUCUGGAAAGCUUACAGGAGCACAUAGAUGAUCCAGAUGUUCAAGCUCAGGUCCAAGUGUUGUCUGCUGCUCUCAGAGCUGCUCAGUUUGAUUCUGUUGGGGAUUGUGAGACCAGAAAAAUGGAAGAGAACAGUGGUGAACUUCAGAACCAAACCAUUUCAGAUCAAACAGUUGUUUCAGAUACAACCUGCAACCAGGUGGUGGAAGACAGUCUUUCAUCCUCUGUGUCCCAAGAUAGCAUCAGUGAGCAGCCCACUACCAGUGUAGUGAAAAGCACAGACUCAGAACAACACAGAGGAACAAGUGUAUUCUUAAAGAAAGAACAGGAAAAUCAUCCACCAUUUGAAGAUGACAAGUCAAAGUUACAGGAUAUCAUACCUCAACCUUUACUUGACCAGUACUUGUCCAUGACUGACCCUGCUCGAGCCCAGACGGUUGAUACUGAAAUAGCCAAGCACUGUGCUUACAGUCUUCCUGGAGUGGCCUUAACGCUGGGUAGGCAAAACUGGCACUGCUUGAAAGAUACCUAUGAGACACUGGCCUCAGAUGUACAGUGGAAAGUACGUCGAACAUUGGCUUUCUCUAUACAUGAACUGGCAGUUAUUCUGGGGGAUCAGCUAACAGCUGCUGAUCUGGUGCCAAUUUUCAAUGGUUUCCUGAAAGAUCUAGAUGAAGUGCGCAUUGGUGUCCUUAAACAUCUCUAUGAUUUUCUAAAGUUACUUCAUGCGGACAAAAGACGAGAAUAUCUUUACCAACUUCAAGAAUUUGUGGUGACUGAUAACAGCAGGAACUGGAGGUUUCGUUACGAGUUGGCAGAGCAGCUAAUCCUGAUACUGGAACUCUACAAUCCCAAUGAUGUCUAUGACUACUUAAGACAUAUUGCACUAACUCUCUGCUCUGAUAAAGUUUCAGAAGUUCGGUGGAUCUCCUUCAAACUGGUUGUAGCAAUACUGCAGAAGUUCUAUGCAAACAAUGCAGGUGCACUGGGAUUAAAUUUCAUUAAUGAACUCGUAGUGAGGUUUCGCCACUGCUCCAAGUGGGUUGGAAGACAAGCUUUUGCCUUCAUUUGUCAGGCUGUGGUAGAAGAAGAAUGUAUGCCUGUUGAUCAGUUUGUUGAACACUUACUGCCCAGUCUUUUAAGUCUUGCUUCAGAUCCUGUGCCAAAUGUAAGGGUUCUGCUCGCCAAGGCUCUAAGGCAGACGUUAUUGGAGAAAGCUUAUUUUAAGAGUGUUGGCAAUCCUCAUCUGGAAGCUGCGGAGGAGACAAUUCUAGCUUUGCAGUCUGACAGAGAUCAAGAUGUGUCCUUCUUCGCUACCAUAAAACUAAGGCAAAACAACAUGGACAGUUCUACUGAAAAACAAAACUAUAUUUAAUAUCUCUCUAGCUCUGGAAAUCGCAUCUGUUCCAAAUGAUAAGAUUUCAUUUGGAGCAUUUAAAAAUUUGUUUAAACUCUACAGUUGCAUGCACUAAUGGAGGACACCACAGCUUUUGGGUAUGUCUUUUUUUUCUUUUUGUAUGACAAAACAAUGUGCAGGUCUGUUAAUGCAGGUUUACCCUUUACAAGGUUUGCCUUUUUGUUGUAAUUUUCUACUAGCGAUGAUUUCAGCAUUACUAAAGACCGCACUUUACAUCUUGUUCUAGACAAAUGUAUACAGUGAUGAGUAAAGCUGUGUGUUAACAUACAAUUCUCUGGGUUUAAAUUAUGCAAAAAAAAGUAUGUAUUUUAAAAGCCAGAUGAAACAGAGUUAGUUGAUCCACUUCCACAAAAACAGUAAGAAUAUCACUUUAAAGCAUUUCUAGCUAAGGAACAUGAAAAUAAUGUUAGUGGGUGCAAUAUUGCUUGACUGUUACAGGAAAUUAUCAAGCACUUGUAAUCCAGAGCAUGUUAGUCAUGUUGCUUGGAAUUCAAACUCACUGGUAUCUUAUGUAUGAUGUACACUUGGCAUCUGUGGGGAUGCUGCCCUAGUGGCAGUUGUGACUGUACACAGUGUUGUUUAGAACCCAGUUAAAUGGAGACACUCUGGCAGUGUCAUUCAUUUGUCAGAAUAGAGAAUCUAUGUAACUUUCUAUUUGUAUUUAUCUCAAUAAAAUCUGUGACUGUUUUAUAAA